AUGUCUACUAACAAAAUCACUUUCUUGCUCAAUUGGGAACCAACCCCAUACCACAUUCCAGUCUUCUUAGCCCAAACCAAGGGCUACUUCAAAAGGGAAGGUUUAGACGUUGCUAUUCUUGAACCAUCCAACCCCUCAGAUGUGACCGAGUUAAUUGGCUCGGGUAAAGUGGACAUGGGAUUGAAAGCCAUGGUCCACACGUUGGCAGCUAAAGCUAGAGGUUUCCCAGUUACUUCAAUUGGUUCAUUAUUGGACGAACCAUUCACUGGUGUUUGCUACUUGGAGUCGUCAGGGAUCACCACUGAUUUCCAAUCACUCAAGGGAAAGCGUAUUGGGUACGUUGGUGAAUUUGGAAAGAUUCAAAUUGAUGAAUUGACCAAGCACUACGGUAUGACUCCCGACGAUUACACACCUGUUAGAUGUGGUAUGAAUGUUGCCAAGUACAUCUUGGAGGGAAGCAUUGAUUGCGGCAUUGGCAUUGAAUGUAUUCAACUGGUUGAAUUGGAAGAAGCUUUGAAGAAGCAAGGAAGGAACCCAAACGAGGCCAAGAUGUUGAGAAUUGACAAAUUGGCUGAAUUGGGAUGCUGCUGUUUCUGCACCAUCUUGUACAUUGCCAAUGACAAGUUUAUUGCUGAAAACCCGGAAAGGAUCAAGGCCUUCUUGAAGGCUAUCAAAUCAGCCACCGACUUUGUCUUGACCAACCCCAAGCAAGCAUGGGAAGAGUACGGCAAUUUCAAGCCACAAAUGACUUCCGAAUUGAACAGAAAGAAGUUUGAAAGAUGCUUUGCUUACUUUUCCGACUCAUUGUACAAUGUCCACCGUGACUGGAACAAGGUUAACAACUACGGUAAGAGAUUAGAGAUUUUGCCAGAAGACUACAAGCCAAACUACACUAACGAAUACUUAUCCUGGCCAGAACCAAAGGAGGUUGAAGAUCCAAUAAAGGCUCAAGAACUCAUGCUCAAGCAUCAAGAAGAAUGCAAGACAUGUGGCGGCUACAGAAGAUUGGUUCUCACAAAUGUUUAG